UUAGUUUCCGGGCAUAUUGUUGUGUCAAGUGAGACGGACCGCUUCAUAAAAUGAGACCUUCUGAACGUAACUGCGUGGGAAAAAAUGAGACGUUUCGGUCAUACGACUGUCUUCUAUUUGGGCUGUGUGUUUUUCACAGUGGUUUGUCUUGGUCACGCCGCGGAGAUAUGUGAAGUUGCCCCUAAAGAUUUGAUGGUGGAGUUCGGCUCCAAUGUCACAGUGGUGUUCAAGGCUCCAACAAGCGGUAUUUGCCGCACGAAGUUUUCGGAUUUCAGCCUGAGUGAAGUAUAUUGGACAUUGAACAACCAGAGGGUUGACGAGCGCUUCUAUGACCACAAUGACACCCAUGCCACGGUCACCAUAGCCAAUUUUUCUCUUCAUGGUAAGCCUACCGUGGAAUGCCAUAUGCGCGAUCAAGUGCUGGGUGGCACCAUUGUCCGAACGCAUGAUGUAGGAAUGGGCAUGGAACCUCCAAAGGAGCCUGCCAACAUAUCGUGUGCCACACGUUUCCUUUCCCCUUCCUACACUACGUGCCGCUGGGACGGGGCUGGAAAUCCCACUGGCACUCAUUAUGUGGUCACCAUGAACAAGGCGAAGAAGCUGAGGUAUUGCCAUCCUCCCGCUGGCCAUGGGCACGCAUGCCAGUUUAAUAACGCCACAGGUAAAAGUGGGAACAUGACCAUCACUGUGCAUGCAAGCAAUGCUGCAGGGAAUGCAUCGACUACUGUCCACUUUGAGGUGUGGAAGACAAUCAAAUUUGAUCGCCCGAGCCUUCGUGUGGAUCCCCAUCCAAACAGAAUCACAGUGUCAUCCAGGACUGAGUCGUGUCCCAUUUCUAAGGACUGGUGCCAUUGCGGACGUGAGACCAUGAGGUGUGAGGUGAAGUACCAGUACAUGGAAAAAGGCAGCAUUCACACAAGUCUGUCUGAAGGAAAUGCAGCUGUCGACAUAUUUGACAUAAAGCCUUGCACUAACUACAGUGUAAAAAUGCGGUGUCAAUGUGGUGGUUCUUUGUUCAGUGACUGGAGCGUAGACCAGCCUGUCCUCUCAUUCCUCAAUGUAAGCACUGUGCCAUUGUAUUUGUGGAGCAAAGUGUUGGAGAGGAUUGGAAACGGAUCAAGGCUUGUUCAGCUCAUGUGGAAGGGUCCAUCGCCUGAAUGCAUGGCUUUUGAUGAGUACCGACUUUCUGUUGACUCGAUACUGAUCAAAUCCAAAAUGCCACCAACUGAGAAACAUGCCACAGUUUCACUAAGCGGCUCGGCACACGAGAUAAUGAUUGGUGUACAUCGAGAUAACGCAAUGCUUCAUCACAGCCUUUUCAAGAUCCCCAGCAUUGAUGAAGAACUGAAUCCGGUGCUAAGGCCUGUUGCCAAUGCUGUAAAUGAGGUUAUUUCCAUAUCCUGGGAGCCACCUUUGACACCAGCUGAUGGCUACGUUGUGGAGUGGUUCACAGAGGCUGCACAGCAAGGCACACCUUUUUGGGAGAAAACUGCAUACGCAAACAUCUCAAUCGCCGGUGUGCCCUCCAAGCUCUACACAGUUACCAUAUCGCCACUGUACGACAAGGGCCCAGGUCCUGGGACUAUUCUGUACACCUACGCAAAGGAAGCGGCUCCGGCUAAGGUCAACGGGCUGAGACUGCUGGAGGCUGACAGCGGUCACCUGACGGUGGGCUGGGAGCCGCUGCGUCCUGAGCAGUGCUGUGGCUUCGCGCUCAACUACACCGUACUUUGGCACAAGCUCUCGGAGACAGAGUACCUCAGUCGAACUGUGGACCACCCACAUCACGAGUUGAAGCUGCCAGACCUGGAGCCUGACACGAGUUACAGUGUCGUAGUCAGAGCCCACUCCUCUGCAGGAUUCAGUGACAGCGACCCCUCCCACUUCACCACAGAAGCAUACAGUAAAGCCCUAAUCCGAAUCCUGGUUUCCGUGGCGGGUGGAGUGGUCAUUGUGCUCAUCUGUGGCGUCUGUCUUUUCAUCCUGUGGAAGAGAAUGAACAACUUGAUGGUCCCAAGUCCUCAGUACAGUUCCAUGGCCAUGUGGUCCCAGGAGAAACCUCUGAAGCCGCUGUUCUCAAACAACCUGGACAUGAACAGCAAUCCCAGGGAACGGAUCCUCACCUGCCAAAUAGAGGACGAGAUGGCGGACUGCCACACCUUUGCAGCCGUGGCUGACAUCGACUCCUCCUCUGCAGCAGCAGCAGCGUCAUCGUGUGGCGUGGAGGAGGACCCGUCCCCAUCCCCGCCCCCGGCCGACAGCCGCAGUGGCAGUGGCAGUGGCAGCAUCGGCGACUUGCCAGCUGAGAAUAUGGGGCUGAAUCCUUCCUACGGCAUGUGGAGAGCCAGAGGAGCGGAGAGCCCGGAGCAAGAGGAGGAGGACCAGGACAUGGGGUACCAGCAGCAGGGCCUGGAUGUGGCAUAUCCGCAGCAGGACCACGACCAGGACGUGGCGUAUUGCGACCACUAUAAGGAACAGCAGUGUCAACAGCACCCUCUGGGGGAGCCGAGCGGAACUGCGUCCCCUGUAGAGCUUCUCCAACCUUACCGGGACCAGAUGCCUGCCGUGGUCAUGGUGGCGGCGGUGUCUGUCUCUGGAGACUCUGAGGGCGCGUCGGGUGGAGACGAGGGGUGCGUCCUCGUCACCCCAGAAGAGGAGGCCGACCGGCCGAGCACAGCCAUGGGGACCGACCUACCUGUCCCCGCCUCGUACGUCAGUGUGGAUGACGUCUUUGAGGGAUACACGGACAAAUGGGAACACUGGAAGUGACUUUUCGUCCUUGGCCAUGGCCGCGGUUCGAGUGGCUAAGGCGCCAUGCUGUUAUUGCGCCGGGGACCCGAGUUAGAUUCUGGCUCCCGGGGUCAUUUGCUAGCCCUACCCAAUCUCUCUCUCUCUCCCAACUAUUUUCCUGUUCACCUCUUCUGCGGUAAAGGCAAAGAGACCGAAAAAUAGGAAACGACUUUUCUGCAAAGUGGAAGUUAAGGUCAGCUUUGUUGUCCUCAAGCAUGUGUGCAGGACAGAUUCACGAUUUGAAAUUACAGUGCUCCCUUUAACCCACAUAACAGGGUAGUUCAACACUUGCGUCCACAUGGCACCGGCGCUUUGGGUGCCCCAGAACUGUAUUUUUUUAGAACAGGUUAAAGAGUGGAAAGAUCUGGCAACGUUGCCAUUCCUGUUGCUAUCUGGACAAGUCUGGGAUAGUAGAAUGGAUUUGUUUACGUUUACAUGCAGCAGUCAAGUUUAAUUUUGCAUUAUUGGAGCAAAAUCUACUGGUGUUAUACCAUCAGUGCAUUAUCAGAGGUUAACCCCUUAGCUCAGCACUAUGGCUCUCUGUAAUGUCAUAGAGAUGUUGUUAUGAUGUAGUUAAGUAUUUUCAGCAAGUGAAUUGGUCACCACCCUUUUAUACAAAGACCAUGUUAAGAAAAAAGAAAAAAAGGACUUGAAAACUGUAUUCAAUUGCACAUGACUGAGCUCCUUUCAUCCUUCAACUUACGCUGCAUGCUGAGACAACAACCUUGACAAUAUCAACAUGAGAAAUGGCAGGCUGCGAAAAUGGUACCCUCAAAACCGACUCAUAUACAGAUACGGCAAAUAAGAGAUAGUAUUAAGCCAAGUGGGAGCUGAAUUUGCACUGUUUUGCAGAGCUUUCUACAGUAUAUACUGUAUAUAUAUUUUUUUUUACAUUGUGAUGUGAAUGCACGAAUGGGAAUAUUUUUUUAUGGAAUGUGAGGACAGGGUAUGCCAAACAGAACUGCUUAUUUCCAAACCGUUACAUCAGAGAUUCUUUAAGUAUAUAGAGAUAUGCCAACAUAACGUGACCAGGUUCCGGUCUGCCUAAAGGGGCGUGUCAUAAUGCUCCUAGCAUUGAAUAGAACAGUCCUUAGGUCUGCCUAGGUCUGCCUAAAGGGGGAUUUCCCCCCCUCCCCCUUGCAAUACUAGAACCCGGAAACAAUGGGCCAAUGGAACCUCUCUCUCUACUCUCUCUGGUUACAUCCUCAAUACGUGAGUCAGAGGUUUCAGUUUCUCUCCCGUGGUCAUGGUGACAUAACCUGGCUCUCAUGCAGCCGAUUGUUACCAACCUCAUGCGAGCUCAAGAUGUUGGGCGGAAAUACACGAGGUCUGCAUGAGAACCAGGCAAAUGGGGACUCGCCUCAAAAUUAUUUUGAUCUAGCACCCGGCAAAAUAAAUUGGAAGUGGAUUUUGGAGUGAGUCAUCAUUUGCCUGUAAAUGGUAAGGAAGAAUCACACAGCCAUGAGCUGCCUUUUAAUCCAUUUUUAUGCUCAUUUUGUCUGUUUUUUUUUAAAUAAAAAUAGGUUAGAAGUGCAGUUCUUCCUUACCCUCACCCCAAAAUGUGCUUCCAGCUCUCUCUCUGGGUGCCAGCCAAACUGCUUUCUCCUGUCCUUUCCUGUGACCUCUGUCCUCUUGCUUCGGUGUUGCUUUGCAUCGGUAAAGAAAACAAUUGUGUUUGCUAUCAGUGUGGAGCGACAUUUGGGGGGCUUGCCCCAUUCAAAAUCCAGUUUGAAAAUGACAAAAUUCACUUUGAAUUGAGUGUUUGGAAAAUAUUGAAUAAAAAUGACUUAUCACAAGGAAGUAGGCCAUAGGGAAAGACUGGAGGAACAGGGUUUCUGUGGGUCCUUAAAAAAUCUUAAAAUGUGUUAAAUUAAGUUUUUUUGUCAAAUGAGGCCUCUCAUUUUGUCUUAAAAUAUUUCAACCCAACUUCAAAAUAUUCUAAAUAUUUCAACUCAACCCAAAAUGUUCAAUUCAUCAGCAAAUCUUCCGAGUCCUCAAUCAAUUCUCUACACAUUCAGUGUGUCUUUUAAUUUUGCUGACACUUCGACGUAGAAAACAUUUUUAGAAAUAUCCAAAGCCAAUGUGUCCACUGUCCUGAAAAUGUAAUGGGGUGGGUUCCAAAAAUCUGCGAUCUUGAGUGUCUCCGAUUUCCUUCCCUAAAACAAGUUCAAGAGUCCCUACACUCUGAUGAUCACCAAGGAGAAAAGGUGAACACCCUGAAACACUCCAAAUUCCUGUUUGUAUUCUAAGCAUGUGCAUUCUUGGGGAAGGAAUGUCCCUGUGUGUGUGUGUGUGUGUGUGUGUGUGUGUGUGUGUGUGUGUGUGUGUGUGUGUGUGUGUGUGUGUGUCAACAGACUGUAUUUUCUCUCUCCCUCUGUCAUCAUGAAGUCUACUUUUGACUAUUUCACCCAAAGCGUGCACCUCAGUGGCCUGCAAAGCUCACUUUGCAGGGCUAUCUGGCACUGGGUUUUUUUCUGUGCCACCUGGCACAAGGGAAAAGAUGUCAAUCCCGCUGCUGCUCCAUGCUCUGGACACUGUGCUUGUGGGCACAGCAAACCUUCUUGUCACAGAACAAAUUGAUGUGUUGUGAUACUCGGAGUCCCAUCUCCUAACAGGGGUGGGCAACCUAUGUCUGGAGGGACGUUUCCGGCCCUUGAUGCCAAGUGGCUGCCUUCAAUAUAGGCCUAAAUUGCGGGGGGAAAUCCUGGUUUGUAUUCAUAUAGUACAGCCCUCUGAGGACUAUUACGGACCUCGGAGUAAUUUGAAGUGGCCCCUCGAAUGAAAAAGGUUCCCCAUCCCUGUCCUACUAGGUUGGAUUGGGUCUGGAAUGUACCAUUAUUCCCCAACAUGGCUCAUGUUGGAUGAGUACCACUAGCUGAGCAACUUCAGUGGGUGAUGGACACGGACUCAUGGCUACGGCUACAGGGGUGUGAAACUCAUUUAUACAGAAAUCUUUGUGCAUGAGGCAACAGGCGUUGAUAAGGUCCAAAGCUGCCUGUGUUUUUCACUGACUGACUGUGUUUCACUGUGUCCUUUUACUGAUUCCACACAUAAGUCAUGAAAAGGGAAGUUUUGUGUGUGGUAUUUGUGUGUGGUAUUUAAUUUGUUGGGUGGUAAACCCCACUAUGUGGGUUAAGUAAAGACCCUUUCAACAACAUGUUUUUUUAACUGUCUGCAAUAUUGAAGAUCUGGUUACCACUUCAUGACAGAAAAAAAUGAGUUUGAGUGUAAGAGAAAAUCUGCAUGGAUACCUCCACAAGUAUACAAAUAUUUUGAGUACAUUUUGUACUCUUAUUGAAUAUUGUUGUGUAUUUGCAUGUGUGAGGUCGAGGGUGAGUGGUUAUUGCAUGCAUGGAUGUGUACGUGAGCUGGUGGAUGUGGAUGUGGGUAAGAGUAAAUGAGUAAGUAUAAGUAAGUACAAGAGUCUGUCACGCCCAAAGAAAACGUGGAAAACUGUUACAUAGAAAAAGGGAAGUUGUUGUCCAUUUCUUUUUUUUCUUAGAAAUGGCACCAUAGGAUGGGUGGAGGGCGAGUGUGGGCCCAUUGCAUGGCCUCGUUAAGUCGGCUGCCUAAUGACAUUCAAAUGGACAUUAGUGGCCUAGAAGGAAAUCAUUGGAGGAUAUGCAUUUCCUGGUCUCUGUGUGAUGAUACACUGGAACACAUCUCUCGAUGCCCUCCAGGGACUGGCGUGGUUGUUUGGGAUUGAUCUAGCGUCUGAAUGUGAAUUCUGAACUGUUUGCAUUGUAUCCUGUCAUAUUUUUAUGUAAUAAAGAGCAUGUGAUUUUA